UCUACCAGAUGGAUCAUAUAACUUGAGUACAACAUACAAGUUCUGCUGUCGAGACGAUGCCUUCGAUUCACGACCAGAUUGGCCAAUUGUUCUUUCAAAUAGGUCCCCGUUCUACCUUUUUAAAAUGAAGAGCAAAUGCCAAGCAAUCAAGGGAAUGGACGUUCAAGAAGAUCAAAUAUCCUUUGAUGAGAGGGAUGAACCAAAUGAUCAGGGUGAAGAUGGCAUGGCGCCGUAUGACCCUUACGAAGGUGGUAGAUCAGCUUUCCAUUUAUGUUAUUACAUACCUAUCAGAUAUGGUUGUAAUCAGAUGAUAACGCUAGACUGUUCAAACCCAAUUGAAGUUAUAACAACGCCCAAUUUUCCUGGUAAUUAUAAUCCCAAUCAGGAAUGCAAUUGGUUCGUUAAGGCACCAGAGGGAGCAUUCGUAAACCUUCACUUCACAACAUUAAAGAUUGAUGGCACUUUAGUUGAGAAGGAGCAUACUUGUAAAGACUAUGUUGAAAUCAGACAGAGCAUGAUUGGUCAGAAUGGUAUCAAAUUCAGAUAUUGACCCAUACUACAAGGCAUCAAGUUUGGGGCAAUCAUACAGAGGUCCUAUGAGUAUGACACAUGACUACAUGCCAUGUAUGAACUGGUUGGAUGUACAACACUGCAAU